GUCAAGUAUGUGACGUUUUAACAUCUAUCGUUCAUCACUGGUUUGAUUUCUUGUUUUUUCUCUUUUGUGUGGAAUUGUGGAUUGUAAUGAUUUUCCUUUCUUAUUUAUUAACACAGAUUUAGCCAAUAACUAGGUAGUGAAAGUUUAAAUAUGGAGGUGUUUAAUAAAUUUUAUUCGUCUGUGAGUAGUACUGUAUCUCAGUUGUCGGGUGUACUACCAGGAAAUCCAGUCACAAGGGAGUUUGAAGCUACACAGUUUAUCGCAAGUGCUGGUCCAGGUUUAUUAUGGAAAAUUUACAAAGGCUACAAGAAAUCAACUAAACAGGAGGCAUCAAUUUUUGUAUUUGAAAAGAAACAACUUGAUAGGUUUUCAAAAGCAGAUAGGGAUAUUAUGCUGGAUGUAUUAAAACGUGGAAUUGUUCAGCUGACCAAAUUGCGACACCCUCAGAUACUCACAGUCCAACACAGCUUGGAAGAAAGCAGAGAGAGUUUGGCGUUUGCUACGGAGCCAGUGUUUGCAAGUUUAGCCAAUAUUUUGGGUAACACAGAAAACAUGCCACAGCCAGUGCCAAGCCAUUUGGUCAAUUAUAAACUUUACGAACUUGAAAUUAAAUAUGGAUUAUUGCAAGUGGCCGAGGGGCUUGCAUUCUUACACAAUGAUGUUAAAUUAUUACAUCAUAAUAUAUGUCCAGAGUCUAUUAUUGUGAAUCAACAAGGUGCAUGGAAAAUAUUUGGCUUUGAUUUUUGCAUUGCUAAUCAGAAUGCAACAGGAUCUGCUCCGUAUUGGCCUUUUAACGAAUACUGUCAAGCUAUGCAUCCAUUGUCCCAACCAUUGCUUGACUAUUUGGCUCCUGAGUAUAUACUUACAGCAACACAUUCUCCGGCAAGUGAUAUAUACUCACUUGGAAUGGUUAUUUAUGUAUUACAUAGUACUGGACAUCAUACUUUGGGCAACAUUGGUAAUGAUUACAUGAAAUUUAAGAGGUUUGCUAAUGAAUUAAGGAAUUUACCACAGUCCAGGUUGUCAUGUGUAGCUGAUGGCCUCAAGGAGUAUGUCAAGUUGAUGUUGAAUGCAACUCCUGAAUUGAGACCUGAUCCACACCAGUUUUUAAAAAUACCAUAUUUUGAAGAUGUUGGAGUGAAAACACUUAAUUACUUGGACUCCCUUUUCCAAUGGGACAAUUUACAAAAAUCUCAGUUCUACAAGGGGCUACCACAAAUAAUACAAAAGAUGCCACACCGUAUCUGCAUCUAUCGCAUUCUACCAUGCCUCAGUAAGGAGUUUGUCAACCCGCCCAUGGUUCCAUUUGUCCUUCCAAACGUACUACUCAUUGCUGAGAAUUCUACAAAAGAGGAAUAUAUCAAAUAUAUUCUGCCUGUCUUAAAACCUGUCAUGUUAAUACAGGAUCCAAUACAAAUAUUGUUGAUUUUUAUGCAAAAAAUGGAAUUACUGUUGAAAUUAACACCAGGUGAUGAAGUCAAGACUGACAUAUUACCGAUGUUAUAUAGGGCAUUGGAAGCUGAUGCGCAGCAAAUACAAGAGCUCUGUCUGUCCGUACUACCAACAUUUGCAUCGCUGAUUGAUUACCCGGCCAUGAAGAAUGCCCUCUUGCCUCGUAUCAAGAAACUAUGCAUGAGUACCAACUAUAUUUCGGUGCGUGUCAAUUGUUUGCUAUGUUUGGGCAAGUUGUUGGAACAUUUGGACAAAUGGUUGGUGUUAGACGAGAUUAUACCAUUUCUACCUCAGAUACCAUCGAGGGAGCCAGCUGUCUUGAUGGGGAUUUUAGGGAUUUACAAAUUGGCACUUAGUCACAAAAAGCUCGGUAUAACAAAGGAGGUGAUGGCCACAAAAGUGCUCCCGUUCCUUAUACCGUUAUGUGUAGAGAAUGGACUGACAUUGAACCAGUUUAAUGCCCUCAUCACCCUCGUCAAGCAGAUGAUAUCGAAGGUGGAAACGGAGCAUAGAGCCAAACUGGAGCAGUUGAACUCUAUACAGAAUGAGUCCAAAGUAAUGGAACAAGCUCUCACAGCAACAUCCGACAAUUUAGUCUCUGCGCCCACACCGCAGACGGAUAUAGACAAAAUGUUCUCCGGCCUGGGCCUGGACCCAUUCUCAUUCAAUAACAGCAGUAGCAAGCAGGAGAAAGUGGAACCAGCACCGUACUUGGCCGAGAGCGCUGGCUCGCUCAGCAUUGAAGAGAAACAGAGGCUCGCUCAACAACAAGAAACAGUGCGCAAAUUCUCCCAGCAGCCACCGCCGACAGCGAUAUCAGCACCGCCGCGGCAGCAACCGAAGCCCGUGGACCUCACCAGCUCUCUACUGCAAUCCAACCUCAACCAGCUAACCACAAAGUCCUAUCCAAACACAUCCACUCCCAACCCCAUAUCACCACAAGGCCCAAACUACAAUAUAUCAAUGACGUCAAAUCAAAUGCCGUUCGGUUAUCAGAAUAACAUGCCCACAGGCUUCAACAGUCAAUUAGCGUUACCACCCACCACUGGGUGGUCACCAGCGAGUGGUAACUUCAAUAAUAAGUGGGCAAAUAACCAGAACCAGGGUAACAUGAAACAGGACUGGUCGGCCUUUGAAUCUCUACUCCCUAAUCAGAGUCAGAACAAUAAUCAAACCACGAAUAAUAAUGUUAAAAAGUUAAGUGACAGUGAAAUGAUGGAUCUAUUGAGUUAGGUUCAGGUAUUAUCAGACACCGGACACUUCGUACAAAAUUGCCACAAUCUGUAAUUGUCACAACUACAGAUACAAGUGACAUCUGUACUUGUAUUAAUGAAAAGCCUUAUUUUUAAUUUAUCGUAAUUUAUUGAACAAACACAAAUAAAUUGAUAUAACACAAUAUUACACUACAAUACAAUACAAUAUUGCCAUUUAGAAAAAAUAUUCUUUAUAUAAAAUAAAAAUUACUGUUGCCAGUACAACAAAAAUAUAAACUAUUCAUUUUUUAAAUAUUUUUUUUUUAUUCUAUAUUGGACAGUCUGUACAUGUGACAAUGUGUGUGUGUGCUUGUGUUGUUAGGUAUAGCGCGAGAAAAGCGCGCUUCGAUGUAUUGUGUAAUGUGGAAUGAGCUGUGACGUAUAUUCUUCUUCAAACCUCUUAAAUAUUAUACUUUCUAUCUAUCCUGUUGUUACUACGGCGGUUAUUAAAGUGGAGAUUGGAGACAUCCAUUAGAAUUUGGUAGCUGACUCGUGUUAAAGAGGGGGUGAGGUCAGACGCAGCGGGCGGCAGGGAGUGUCCAUAUUGUAUUUUAGUAUUAUUACUUAUACUGUGGUAUUAUGGUAAUGUCUAUCAUUCUGAUAUAGUUUAGCAAGUCGUUAUGCACUCAAAGACGUUAUUGCGUUGUAAUACGGUUGAAAUUUGUAUAUUGAUAAUUUAUUUAUUGGGCUAUUAAAAUGAAUAGCGAAAGUUGAAGAACUUAUGAACUUUACUGCGUUAUAAUAAGGUCUACAUUUAUCUGUAUAUCUAUAAUAUGUAUUUAGCAGAUACAGUCGAGAGCAUUCCGUUCGCACUUAAUUUUUUUUUUAACAAUUUAUUAAAUUUUCAAUCGGUUUCAGAAAAAAGGUACAGGUUCUGAAUUUGGUAGUAUUUUUAUGUUCGUUAUCUCGUAACCACGUUAUUCAUAAACCGAUUUGGAUAAUUCUUUUUUUUUAUCUGAAAGGUUCCAUGGAAAUUAUAUUAGUAUUUAUAUUUCUUUAUAAAAAUAAAUGAAACAAGUAAUGUAUGUAACGAUAGAGGCAGUCUGUCUUCUCUCUAAAGCAUUUGGCGUGAUGAUAGUUCUUACACCGGCAGUCACGGUCUCGAAUUAUAAAAUUAUUGUCGUAAUAAAGUAUUUGUGUUAUGCCCAUAAUGUUCGGUCUACAAGUCUACACGGCACAGACUUUCGUCUCGGGCGACUCUCAGAAACGUGUAGAUAUGAACAACACCGAAAGAUAGAAAUAUUUUUAUUCAAGUAAACUUAAAUAAAAAAAAAAAUUAAGAGUAAAUUUUUUAUGAUUGUAGAGCUCUUUCGGAAUGCAAUUUCAGCUUAGAACGGGCAAGAAACUUAAGUGAUUUUUUUUUUAAUUUUAAAUUUUAUAAACCAUUGUUGCUGGCCAUCAAUAUUUAUUUAACUAUACAAUAAGAGCACUUGCAUUCAAAGCUUUAAGUUUAGCUUCAAAAACUAUAUUGUAAUAUUAGAUUAUAUUGAUAAAAAAUGCAAAUGUUGCUUUCUUUCAGUCUUUCUUUAUUUUAUUUUUCUUAAUUUUUAUUGCAAAGGACGCUGUAUAUAUAUAUAUAUAUAUAUAUAUAUAUAUAUAUAUAUAUAUAUAUAUAUAUAUAUAUAUAUAUAUAUAUAUAUAUAUAUAUAUGUUGACUAUUGUAUUGUGCAUUAUUCAUAAAAGCAUAAAACAUCAAAAUUGUUUUAGCUGGUCGAGUAACUAAAACUGUAGUUUUUAAGUUUAUUUCUUAAUUUGAAAGAAAAUAACCAAGUUUUUGAACCGAUGUUAGAGUUUUAAGUUUUUAUGAGUACUGCGGAAAAUGUUUUAAUAUGAUUUUCUUUUUAAUUAUUUAUAAGAUGAUAAUUUUACAUUCCUAUUAAUUAUAAUAUACUUAGUGCAUAUGAAAUAUGAGGGUACUUGAGCAUUUAAAAUGUAACUUUUAAACUUAUUAAUUACGUGUUCGUAAUAUGAUUUUAUUAUUGUUAAAUUCGUUGCUUCUUAUACAUAAAAAUAUAUAGUACAGCUAAGGAUAUAAUGGCUUCUAGAAACCAUGCUGCUUGAUUUUUAUCUUUUAACAUCAAAUUUAUGUUUCGUCUGGCUCCGAAAUUUCGGAAAACGUUUCGUGGUAGGCCUGGAUGGCAUGAAUUUAUUUUUCUCAAGGGCGUAUUUAAAAAUUGUGAGGCUUGUGAAGAUCCCAGGAAGCUUCUGUGCUUCUGAGCGGAGCUAGGCUGGCUGUACUAGCCACGACUCAUACGCACAACGGGCCAAAUUAGAGGCUAAGUGCGGAAAAUGGAGUCCUAUUUCACAUUCACAUUCAGGCGUAUUUAAAUGUGAGGGGUAGGGGGCGACGGGCGUGCCCACCUCUAGAAUUGUCUGGUGCCCACCUCUAUGUAUAAAGUCUGUCUGAGAGUACGUAAUAUAACUUUUUGAAAGGGCCAGGCCCCAUUUGGGGAUAAAAACACGCCUAAUUUUUCAUAAUGUUCAAGUUGAAGCAAUCCAAAAUAAAAAAUACAAUCUGUAGAUCCAUAAAAUGAAUUUUAUGUUAUGAAUUAUUAUUACAUAGAAACUUAGAUUAUAUAGAAAGAGUAUCGAGUCUCAAAAACGGCUCAAGUUUUUGUCAGCUAAUUGUCAAAUUAACUGACUUGUUUUUUUUAUCAGUACUCUAUAUAUUUACGCAUAAAAUGUAUGUUGAUGUAUUAUUUAAUAAAUAAAAUGAGUGUUUACGCAUUAAAAAGCUGCAUAAAUUAUAAGACAAAAUAAAUGUAGAAGUUAUAAAGGAAUUACUCAUGAAUUAUAUAUGGACCGUUUAUUUUGAAAGCGGUGUAAGUCCAUUUACAGCACAUAAAUAUGUGUAAUCGUAGUCUAAUUAUCAAAAAACAAAUUUAUAUAAACAAAUUAAAUGUUGAUAAAACAAUAGAAACAGUGCCAGACCUCAUAUGAUUUGUCUGUAUUUUUAAAUCAACAAAUAUGGUAACCUUUAAUUUUCUCGAAACAAAAGAAAAUGGACUUGCACCACUUUCAAAAUAAACGGUCCAUAUAUCACGCAAAAUUGUAUGAAAAAAUUGAUCCGUUUUUUUCAAAGCAUUUUUAUUGAGAUCUUAUCUUAUUUUUUCGCAUAUGGGGUCAGCUAAGCCGAUGCACGUCGACCCAUAUGGAUCUUUUGUGCUUCCCCCUGCCUUAUACCAUCAUUUCAUAGAUCCUAUGUGUUACCCUAACGAUAUCCCGCGGUUUAAGAUACCUGUACUACCCUAGCUCUGGAUAAGCCGUUCCCAGUAGACUCAUACGCAUACUUGCCAACGAAUCGCAGUUGCACAUCAAGUGUUCCAUGGAUUCCGAUUUCUCCCCGCACAGUGUGCACAGUGUGUCCGAAGAGAUACUCUAUCUAAGUGUGUCUAUUGAGAUACUCUAUCUAUAUAAUGUUAAACAUACAAAUUAUUUGUAUUACAGUAUUGUAAAUAAUGUUUGGAUCUAAUUGCCACUGAUGUUUAACUUAAAAUAUUUUAUUUAUCAACAUACUUAUAUAGAAAAUUGAUCUCUUAUAAAAUAACGAAAUAAAUAAAAAAUGUAAAUAAAUACUA